AGAUGGAUUCCCCAACUCUGCUUUUUGUUGGGCAUUCCACUUUUCAGUCAUGAAAGCAAAAGAAAGAAAGAAGCCCCACAAAACCCCCGGCGCAUUUUAGCCAGCCGCCUCUUUCUCUUUUUGCCGGCAGAAUCAUCCCCCGAGAUUCCAAGAAUCAAACCCCCCCGCCCCCAAUUUAACCCCAUCUCACGCGCGGAUAUAGAUAUAUAUACACACACAAUACAGAUACUAUAUGUAUAUACCCACUACAGUCGCAUCAUUUCAAUGCAUAUACACACGCAGCAACCGCUCAAUGGUGCAUUGUUUGGCGCCAAGGCGAUGAUGAGGCUGGAGAAUUGUGAGGCGCCGAUGUGUCACGCGAUCUCCGACUCCGCCGCGGCGGCGGCGGCGGCGGAGGCCUCGCCGGGAGGCGCCGACGAUGAGGGAGUGUUCGUGCCGCCGCUGAAUUUUGCUAUGGUUGAUUACGGCGUGUUCCGCUCUGGCUUCCCCGAUGCUGCUAACUUCGCGUUCCUGCAAACCCUAGGCCUCCGCUCAAUCAUAUGCUUGUGCCCCGAGCCCUAUCCUGAAGAGAAUGUGGAGUUUCUCAAUGCGAAUCGAAUUCAGCUUUUCCAGUUCGGCAUCGAAGGAUCCAAGGAGCCAUUUGUAAACAUUCCAGCAGAUAUGAUCAAAGAAGCGCUAAAAAUUGUCCUCGAUGAAAAGAAUCAUCCGCUGCUUAUUCAUUGCAAAAGGGGAAAGCAUCGUACUGGUUGCCUUGUCGGGUGCUUGAGAAAAGUACAGAGAUGGUGCCUCACAUCAAUUUUUGACGAGUACCAGAGGUACGCCGCUGAAAAGGCUAGGGUAUCAGACUUGCGAUUCAUAGAGUUGUUUGACAUUUCUGGCUUCAACCAACCAACGCAAUUCUUUUCGUGUUCAAAGAAUUGAUGCAUACAUGAAACACUUCAAGUGGCAGUUUUGGUUCUUGCAGUUUCUAUCCACAAAAAUAAAAGGGAUCAUCAUUUUUUCUUCUCUUUUUUUGUAAUUCUAAUUUUCAAUAUAUUUUACUGCCUCCAUUGAUGUUGCCAUGAGGUCUUGUCACAUUGUAGGAAUGAGAAUGCAAGAAAGAGAAACAAUGCUAUUUGCAAUUGAAAAAGAACAUUGGGGUAUCUCUUUUGUGUCCUAUUCUACCUCUUCCUCGUACACAUUCUAUCUUUCAAAAUAUAAUGAUUCUCCCAUAGUCCCAUGUAUUUGCCCAUGAAAGGGACACUCCAUUUGUUCACUUGUAUAUUCAGGGUAGGUCAAUGGAAGAUGUAUCAGCACUGUAUUGGUAUGAUUA